GAGUAAGAGACACUGACACAGUGACACUCUCUGAGUUCUUUCGCCUUCUUCAUGAGCUUUGGUUAUUUUCAUUCUCUCUGAAUAGAUUUCUGGUAAAAUUAAUUGGAUUGGAUGGGUAAGACAAUUCAGUUGAAUGGAUUCCCUUCGAAUGUGACUGUAGCGACUGUUAAACGGUUUGUGGAGCAACAUACAGGUGAAGGAACUGUUUAUGCUAUUAAGAUUAGGCAAAGCAGAGGUGUGCGUCCAGCGGCAUAUGCUAUCAUUCAAUUCACCACCACCAGAUGUGCUGAAUUAAUUAUCUCCUUAGGGUUAUGGUAUGGGACAUCUUAUCUGAGGGCUCGGGAAAUGGAGCGUGACAUUGUACCAAAGCCAAGAACUUUUCUGCAUAGCAUGGAAAAUAUAAAACUGCAUCUUGGUUGUCAGAUCUCAAAUGAAAAAUUUGUAAUUUUAUGGAAUGCGGUGAAUGUUUCAGUGAAUUUUGGGAUUGGAUUACGGAAGUUACAAUUUUUUCUUUCCCAUAAUUAUGUGGAAUACAGACUCGAUCUUUAUUACGAGAAUAUUUGGCAGAUUGAGUUAUGUCAUCCACGCAGUCAAGAUACUAAGCAUCUUUUGAUUCAGUUAUUUGGCGCUCCUCGGAUUUAUGAGAAGGCUAUGCUCACUUCAGGAAGUGAAUUUGAAGAUCCUAAUCUUAAUUAUUUCAUGCAUAUUCCUGAUGACCAAUGGAUUCGUGCAACUGAUUUCACUCCAUCAUGCUAUAUUGGGCAAUCUUCUGCUUUGUGUUUGGAACUUCCUUCUGAUCACCAGCUUCCAAAUUUUCGGGAGAACUUUGGUUAUUACAGAGAAAGUGAAGAAAGAUAUAUUUUGGAAACUGGGUCUAGUUUUUCUUCCAAUAUGGAUUUGGUGCCUAUUGUUGGCCCUCCGCCUGGGAUUACUUUACCAUUUGAUAUCUUGUUUAAAAUUAACUCGUUGGUUCAACAUGGCUGUCUUGCAGGACCAACACUUGAUGCUAGUUUUUAUCGCUUGGUUGAUCCAAGAAGAAUGAAUAUUGCCUUAAUAGAAUAUGCCCUGGAGAAACUUUAUCAUUUAAAAGAAUGUUGGCAGGAGCCUUCAAGGUGGCUUAGUGAGCAGUAUAGAAAGUACCUCACAUCACGACAUCCUCCAAAGUCGCCUGUUAUAUCAUUAGACUCUGGGUUGGUGUAUGUACGUAGGGUUCAAAUAACACCUUCUAAAGUUUACUUUUGUGGUCCAGAAAUUAAUGUGUCAAAUCGUGUCUUGCGCAAUUUUCAUGAAGAUAUUGAUAAUUUUCUUCGUGUCUCCUUUGUUGAUGAGGAAUUGGAUAAACUGCAUUCAACAGAUUUAUCUCCACGUGCAUCUUCUGGUAAUGAGGAUAGGAGAACUGGAAUCUACAAAAGAAUUCUAUCUAUUCUUAGAAAUGGCAUAGUUAUUGGUGAUAAAAAGUUUGAAUUUCUUGCAUUCUCAUCAAGUCAAUUACGAGAAAAUUCCACGUGGAUGUUUGCUUCAAGAAAUGGACGUAAUGCUGAUGAUAUCAGAGAGUGGAUGGGCAUUUUUCAUCAGAUUAGAAAUGUGGCGACAUAUGCUGCCAGAUUGGGUCAAUCCUUUGGUUCAUCCACAGAAACUCUUAGUGUUGAAAAGCAUGAAAUUGAAGUUAUUCCUGAUGUAGAGGUUGUUCAGGAUGGGGUCAAGUAUGUCUUCUCUGAUGGAAUUGGGAAAAUAUCUUCUGAAUUUGCUAAGGAAGUAGCUUUAAAAUGCAGUUGUAAAGGACACACUCCAUCUGCCUAUCAGAUUCGAUACGGUGGGUACAAAGGUGUUGUCGCAGUUGAUCCAACCUCAUCUGCGAAAUUAUCAUUAAGGAAGAGCAUGUCCAAGUAUGAAUCAGAAAACACAAAACUAGAUGUUUUGGCACAUACCAAGUUUCAGCCUUGUUAUCUGAAUCGCCAAUUGAUCACCCUUUUGUCUACCCUUGGAGUUGAGGAUUAUGUUUUUGAGAAAAAACAAAAAGAAGCUGUAGACCAACUUGAUGCUAUAUUACUAGAUCCGUUAAGGGCACAGGAGGCUUUGGAUUUGAUGUCCCCAGGAGAGAAUACCAAUGUUCUAAAGGAAAUACUCAAGUGUGGUUAUAGGCCUGAUUCUGAACCAUUUCUUUCUAUGAUGCUGCAGACAUUCCGGGCAUCAAAGUUGUUGGAAUUGCGGAUUAAAACAAGGAUAUUUAUUCCAGAUGGAAGGGCAAUGAUGGGAUGUCUAGAUGAAACUAGAACUUUGGAAUAUGGUCAGGUAUUUGUGCAAUUUUCUAGUAAUAAUUACAAGCUUAGGCAGCUACACAAUGAUUUCAGCAUGUGUAGCGGCAGUGGAUCAGAUCAGCGAUUUGUUCUUAAGGGGAAGAUAGUAGUUGCAAAAAACCCCUGCUUGCACCCUGGGGAUGUGCGUGUUUUGGAGGCCGUUAAUGUGUUAGCUUUGCACCAUAUGGUGGACUGUGUUGUUUUUCCCCAAAAAGGAUUUAGGCCUCAUCCAAAUGAGUGUUCGGGUUGUGACUUGGAUGGAGAUAUCUACUUCGUCUGUUGGGAUCCUGAACUCCUUCCACCUCGGCAAAUUCAGCCAAUGGAUUACUCUCCAGCACAAAGUCUGCAGUUGGAUCAUGAUGUUACCAUUGAGGAAGUCCAGGAGUAUUUUACCAAUUACAUUGUCAAUGACAGCUUAGGAAUUAUUGCCAAUGCCCACACAGCAUUUGCAGAUAAAGAGCCUACAAAAGCAAUGAGUAAUUCCUGCAUAGAGCUUGCAAAGCUAUUUUCAAUUGCUGUUGACUUUCCGAAAACUGGUGUACCAGCUGAAAUACCGCAUGAACUUCAUGUCAAAGAUUAUCCAGAUUUCAUGGAGAAGCCUGACAAACCCACCUAUAUAUCAGAAAAUGUGAUUGGAAAGCUUUUCCGGGAGGUAAAAGACAUUACACCAAAUACUAGUUAUUUUAAGUCCUUCACUGCUGAAGUUGCAAUGCAGUCAUAUGACUCUGAUAUGGAAGUUGAUGGCUUUGAGGAUUUCAUUGAUGAUGCUGUUUAUUACAAGGGAAAUUAUGAUUACAAGUUGGGAAACAUGAUGGACUAUUAUGGCAUCAAAACUGAGGCUGAAAUACUGAGUGGGAAUAUCAUGAGAAUGGGCAAGUCUUUCACUAAGAGAAGAGAUGCAGAAGCAAUUACUAUGGCUGUAAAGUCCUUGAGAAAGGAAGCUAGGGCCUGGUUCAAUGAGAAGGGAAGUGAUUUAGAUUCUGAAGCUGAAGAUGUAUAUGCAAAAGCUUCAGCUUGGUACCAUGUCACAUAUCAUUAUAGUUAUUGGGGUACCUACAAUGAGGGUAUGAAUCGAGAUCAUUUCCUUAGCUUUCCAUGGUGUGUUUAUGACAAGCUGGUCCACAUUAAGAAGGAAAAAGCGAGAAAAAGGAUGGCUCUGUCUUCUCUGGAACACCAGUUCAGUCGUGGAUUGCGUUUGAGUUGAGAAAUUUGCAUUUGUUGUCCCCUCUUGAACUUUUGAUGAUCUCUAUAGCUUAACUUUCCUUCUUAUCAUGUGUAUGUAAUAAUGUAAAUAGAAAGUGCAGAAUUUAACUUUGGUACAUGAUGUUUGCUUCUUUUAACGGAGUAUAAUAUUAUGUCAGUUUAGUAAGAUGUAAAUGCCUAAGUUGAUCAUUUUAUUAUAUAUAUCUAUGGUUUCUUCCUUUUAU